AUGGGAUUUCAAGGAUCAAUGAUCGUAACACGCGAGGCCUCUAAGGAUUACGUUGUUUUAAGCACCAAUCAAUCGAAAAAGUUGCUAUCCGGUGGGCAAAUGAGUUGUAAUAAGGAUGCUGCUACAUUCUGGACAUCUUCCGACAACAUCGUCGACGAUUCAGUCGAGCAAGAGCCACCGUCUCAACCGGAAAUGGUUUUUGGCAAGGACAUGAACGAGUGGAUUAAGGAGUUUGUUCAAAACGAAUUUUUCCACGAGAGGAAUAAUAAUAAUAACAACAACAAUAAUAAUAAUACCAACGUAGAAAUGAAGAAAACGGAUACAACUGACGAAGCUGGUACUCAUCGGGAGGGAAACGAUACGAAUGAUUUGGAGAUUGAGGAAAACUCGAUAAUCGAUGGGCAAGAGAAUGAAAACGACGAGAGAGAGGAUGAUAUUGACUCGUCCCGAUUGUCCAUCAAUGACGAAUCCAAGUCUGGCAAAGUCAAGAGGAAUUUUAAAGUGUUCAAAUUCAUGAAGAAUGCGUUAAAAAGGCACAUAAAAAAGUGA